AUGAGCCGACCACCACAGAAACGUCGUAGGGUAGAACUUACCCUAGCUGACAAAGUCAAGCUUAUGAAGGAUUCCGAGUCAACGAAUCUAACUCGACAACAACUUGGCCAGAAGUAUGGCAUCGGGAAAUCUACAGUGACAGACAUCAUAAAGAAAAAGGCGGACUACAUGAAGCAGUUUGAAAAUAACAUCGAUGGAUCCAGACAGCGCAUCAAAACUUCAUCGAAAUUUGAAGAAAUCAAUGGCUUAGUUUGGACAUGGUUUCAGCAGGCUCGUGCAAAGCAUAUUCCAAUAUCUGGUCCGAUGUUGCAGGAAAAAGCAUUGUCAUUUGCGUCUGAACUUGGUGUCCAAGAUUUCAAAGCUUCUAACGGGUGGCUUGAAAGCUGGAGAGGGCGUUAUUCGAUUAAAUCGUUCAAAGUCAACGGAGAGAGUGCCGAUGUAGAUUUGGAAGUGGUGGAAGAUUUCAAACAACGCAUUGGUGAACUGUGUGAAGGGUACAGGCCAGAAGAUAUUUUUAAUACCGAUGAAACUGGUGUUUAUUUUAGAGCCUUGCCUGAUAGAACACUUGGAACAAAAUCAGACGAUUGUAAAGGCGGCAAAGUUUCAAAGGAGAGACUGACCGCGUUGUUUACAUGCAGCAUGACUGGCGAGAAAAUAAAACCGUUCGUCAUCGGAAAGGCAGCGAAACCACGCUGUUUUAAAAAUAUUGAUCCAAAAACUUUGCCUGUAUACUGGAAUUCAAAUAAAAAAGCCUGGAUGACAAGUGCCUUAUUUGAAGAAUAUCUCCGUGAUUUGAACAAUCAAAUGCGUCGUAAACGCCGAAAAAUCUUGCUUUUUCUUGACAACGCCACUUCACACUGCCCGAACAUUAGGCUAUCGCAUGUCACUCUGAAAUUCUUUCCUGCCAAUACAACAUCUGUUUUACAACCGCUAGACCAGGGAAUUAUUAGAGCAUUUAAAGCUCGAUACAGAAAGAGACUCCUACGUUCUGUUAUUGCAAAGAUUGACACGGAAUCGAGUGCGAGUGGUUUCAAUCAACUGGACAGUGAAAUCACCGAUGUGGAAGAAGCAGACGACACAGAAGAGAUAAGAAAUCUUAUCAAUGAAGUCACAGGGCCAGAUGUUCAAUGCACCGUUGACGAAUAUCUUAACUUCGAUGACAAUAUGCCGACAGAGGAAACUUACGAUGGCGAAUGGGAACAACAAAUUUUAGAGAAUUUUAUUGAAGACAAAGAAAACCAAGACUGUCUAGAUGAUGAUACAGAAAGCAGUGAAAAUCAAAUCGUCAAUGAAUGUGACGAGGGCAGCGACAUGACACAUCAGGAUGUGCUGCACAUGUUGACAAAAAUAAAGAACUUCGCAAUAAACAAAGACUCGUGUUACCUGACUGCAGUCCAAGACCUGCAAACCAUGACUGAACGAAAAAUUGUACAGAAAAGAUGUUCUUUGAGGCAGUCAACUUUGGACAGUUUUUUCACACCAUAA